CCGUGCCGUCAUCCAGCUGCGUCGCUCAGUCUCUCUCCAGUCGGUGGAGAGUCCGGAGACGAACAAACCUCUGGCGGUAGUCGGUAGUUGAGGAGGCUGUGGACGCCAAAAUCACCCCACAACCGACACGCUGUUUGCGGUCAGUGGACGUGUCCCUCCCCCCCUCCUCCCUCCCUCCCUCCGGUGGUGGUCGGACGCCGUCGGAUGUCGCUCAGCCGAGGAACAGCGUCCAUUAGUCGGCCAGCUCUCCCGUGUGUGUGUGUGUGAGCGAGCAGCUAACGUUAGCGGUGUUUGUACGAGCCAGCUAACAUUUACACGAACUUGGUUUGUAGAUGUGAGAAGAAGAAGAAGAGGAGGAAGAGGAGGAAGAGGAGGGUUAGUUAGCUGCCCCUUGCUAACGCGUUAGCUUGUGGUACAAACACUGCUGGCUGGUGGGAAACCGGAGCAGGAGUAUUUAACCUCGUCGGACCCUGUAGCGUUAGCUCUGAAAGGAUAGCUCGGGCUUUUUCCUUCUUUUCUUUUUUUUUUGUGUUUUUGUUUUUUUGGAUACUCGAGCAGACACAGAACAACAAACAAACAGAAAAACAAGAGGGGGGAUCGCCGGAGAGGCCCUGUUGUCUUUGUUCGUCUCCACAUUUGGCAGCCUCCCACCUUCCACCUUCACUGCCCCUGGCUCGGUUGGUGGCUCAGCAUCACUUCAAAGAGGAAGGUCUGCAGAGCUGCAGAUAACACACUGUACCCCCAAGCACCGGCAGGCUUUUCCAGAGCCCCUACGCAGUCCCUCGACCGACAGAAAGAAUCAGCUCUUAGAGUGGGACCUGGAGUGGAGAAGACCAAUUGUGGCCUGAACAAAGACAGACAGGGAGAACUAAUGCCAAGCCCUUCUCCUCCUCAGACAGCCUAGCGAAGGUUCAGGAGGUAGCAAGCUGGCUUUUGGAAAUGAACCAGGAUCUGCUGUCGGGGGGCAGCAGCAGCAGGCGGAGUCGAGGGCCGGGGGGUCCGGCAGUGCGAGGUAACGCCUCCUCCACGGCCCGGGCACCUCAGCAGGCAGCAGAGGAGGGUGAUGAGGAUGAGCACAUGAACCGGGUAGUAGAGGAGGAAGAGCAGCUGCAGCAAAGGCCUGAGGCAUCGCAGGUUGAUGGCGAGAGAGAACCACCAUGGGCGCCAAGUGAAUCAGGAGCCAGCAACGGCCCUCAGGGAGACGAGGAAGGGGAGGAAGACGAAGAGGGCCCUCCAAACGAAGUGAACGGAGGAGAGAAAGGAGCUCGAUGGAUGUGGGGGCCAGAGCAGAGGCGGCUGCGAGGCCAGCCGCUGGGCGAGGAGGAGGAGGAGGAGGAAGAAGAGGAGGAGAACAACAACAGCAGCAGUCACCAAGAGGAGGAGGAGGCGGAGGAGAGGACAGAGGGAGGGGAGGAGCAGGGAAGGGAGGAAGAGGAGAGGGAAGAGGGCGAGGAGGAAGAGGAGGAGGACGAGGACGAGGAGGAGAUGGACCAAGACAGCGAUGACUUUGAACAUUCGGCGGAGAGUGGGAGGGAGGAGGAAGAGGAGGAGGAAGGAGAAGGGGAGGAAGGGCUGCGGUCUCCCUCUCUCAGGAACAAUGUGUCUGCCCCCAAUAACAACCUGGACUCCGGUUGUACACACCAAAGCUCUUCCAACAAGAAGGUAAGCACAGCUGUUGUUUGUUGA